AUGUACUUUGAUGGUUUGGAGCGAGUAAAAUCAUUCAUAAAACCAAACAAACUUCUUUUUGAUCCCCCAAAAAAAUUAGACAUAUUUCAACUUUCGAUGACCACUGUAAUCGCCUUGUCAGUCCUCAUUAUAUGCAAGUUUUAUUUGGAAUACAACAUAACAAAAUCAGACAUUCAAAUUUAUUUUACUCAAAUCAGUCUGUCUUGUUCAGGAUCUACCUUUAUAGGGCUUAGGUUUUAUACACUUGUUACAAGAAUGUUUGAAUGGUAUCAAGUAGUUUUGUUAUCAGAUGAACAAUACAUCGCCAGAUAUGGAAAUGAUAGAGAUAGUAAUAACACUCUCUUUAAUAUUAUAAUAGAUGUUAAUAGCCUUGGUGAUGAACAACAACAACAUCAACUUUAUCAGAAAAACUACAUAUUUAUAUAUAAACUAGAUAGAUUCAAUCAAUUUAGAUAUUUAAAUUCAAAUAUCAAUGAUGGUAGUAGUUACAACGUUGAUAGAUUGAAAUAUCUAUGCUAUCAACCAGGUAAACAAGAGUUAUUAUCUACUUUUAGAGUAGCUUCAACAGCAACAUCAACAACAGCUGCUACUCCCACUAAAACAACAACAAAUAGAUUACCAAGAGCUUAUUGUUCAGCUAGCUAUGCAAAACGAUUCAAUUUCAAAAAAGAUGAUAUCAUUCAUUUGAAGACUGUUUCAAUUAGUUCUGUUGCAUUGGAGCGUGUCGUAUUGCUUGCUAACGAUCUUCAAUCAUUCCAAAGUGUAAUAACAACAGCAGAUCAACAUAACAACAACAACAACAAUAAUAGUAAUAACAAGAAUAACAAUAACUAUAAAGCAGAUCAAAUGUUUAAGAAUUACUUAAUAUCCAAUUCUAUACUAUUUAAUCAAGAUGCUCGGUUGUCACUCGGUCACAACAAUCAGUCGGUAUCAUUCGAGAUCAUGGAGUGUUAUCCUCUGCUACAGGGAUCGAUCUCAUCGAAUACAACGAUUAUUAUUGUCGGUCCAGAUCAGCAGUCGGCACUCAAUCUCGAGCGCAAGCUAAACAGGCUGGAGAUCGGUUCAUCUCCAUCGUCGCCAGCAGCCAGUAGCAACAGCAGCAACAGCAGUAGCAGUAGCAGCUAUCUCUCCAAUACCAACUUGAGAGUGUCCAACUUUAUCAUUCAUCCACUCUCGCAAUCAAUGAUAUCACCGUCAUCGCUCAACCUUGAAUCAUCAACUACAUCAUCAUCAUCUUCAGUAUUCUCAUCAUCAGUAAUCUCCUCCUCACAAAUCAACUCAUCGCUAUUCCAUUUCACACCCAACUCCAAUAGAAUUCUCUUAAACAAUACAGUUCAAAUUAGACAACUAAAGACAAUUCCCAGCAAUAUAUAUCUACCGCUAAUCGAUCCAAACUACGAUUACCUCUACGAUGCAAUUGUAACACUAAGUACACUCAAGCAAUAUGGUCUAUUCCACGGUGCCACCAUCAAGCUAAAAUCACUUAUCAAUCAUAAAUAUAUAGUUAUAAAGAUAUUCUCAAUAAUGAACAACAACAGCAACAAUAGUAGUAAUAACAAUUAUAAUAAUGAUUCAGAUUCAAUACAAUCAGAUUUACAAUUAGAAGAUGGAUAUGUGUAUUUAUCACCAUUGUCAUUGUUCAAUUUGGGAUAUGAACCGAAAUCAAUUAUCAUGUCCAGAACAUCGAAUUUCAAUGCAGAGAUAUCGUUGUUGAAAGGUGUUGCUUUCCCCACUGCUUCACAGGUCAAGAUCUCAAGAGUGAAAUCCAGUGCAUCCGAUGGACAUGCCACCUAUUCCAAUCAGCUGAUUCAGUUCUUUGAUCAAGUGCGUAUCUUUAAGGAGGGUGAUCUCUUUGCCGUGGAAUCCGGUGAGAACUUUGGCAACAAUGCAAUCGACAACCCACUGAUAUUCUUCAAGGUGGAAUCACUACAGUCUCCGGGUGCAAUUACAACGCCAUCCGAUGAAUUCGACCAGUUGUUUGUCAUCGACAAAGAGAAGAGUACAAUGAUUCAAGAGGGAUCGUCACAAUCGUUGCUACCAGCUCAUAUCCAGUCAUUCCAUUCACGAGGAGAUCAACAGCAACAAGAGUGUUACGAUUUCAUUGCCUAUGAGAAAGAGUUUCAGAAGAUGAUUGAAUUGACACUGCCAUUCUUUCAUUCUUUUGAAUUCGAUUUCAAAUGUACAUUGCUGUUGAAAGGUGCCAGUGGUGUUGGCAAGAGAACUCUUCUUCGCCAACUAUCCAAUCAUUUAGGAUUGCAUCUUUUUGAAGUGGAUUGCUACCAACUCUACAGUUUCAACGAAGCGGAAAAAGAGUUGAACAUCAAGAGAAUAUUAGAGAGAGCAUCUGAAGCAACACCUUCCUUAUUGCUUCUUUCUAAUUUCGAAGUAUUAGAACAAUCACCUUCAACCACAUUGAAUGAGAAAAAAGAAUCAAAUAUUUCCAAUAUAUUAAAAGAAACAUUACAAUCGAUAUCUGAUAAAUUGUUAAUGAUGGAAACUACAUAUCAACAACAACAACAACAACCAGCAUCAUCAUCACCAUCAUCUUCUUCAAAAUCAAACAGAAUCAAUUAUCCAUUCUUAAUUGCUGCAACUGUAAAAUCAACUGAUGAUAUGUCUGGAAAACUUAGAAGUUGGUUUAAAUAUGAAAUAGAAUUAGAUGCACCAGAUGAAUCUCAAAGAUCGAGAUUAUUAAAGAAUAUGUUCAAUUCUAUUCCUAUCAAUAAUUCAGUUUCACUAAAGAAUAUUGCUAUGAGAACAGCUUCUUUUCUACCCUUGAAUCUAAAGAAUUUGGUGGAGCGAUCCGGUAUGAAAGCAAUGAAGAGAGUGAUAUCCAAUGUUGGAACGAUCUCACCAGAGGAAGUUUGUAAUUGUGGUAUCAGUGUAGUCAAUGACGAUAUCUCGGAUGCGCUAGCCGAUAUGCAAGGUUACCAAUCAUCGUCACUCGGUGCACCAAAGAUUCCAAAUGUGAAGUGGGACGAUGUCGGAGGUUUGGCCAGUGUAAAGAGUGAAAUUAUGGAUACUAUUCAACUGCCACUUGAAAAUCCUCAUUUAUUCUCGUCAGGUAUCGGAAAGAGAUCCGGAAUUCUAUUCUAUGGUCCACCGGGAACAGGAAAGACUUUGCUUGCCAAAGCGAUUGCCACCGAGUGUUCGUUGAAUUUCCUCAGCGUCAAAGGACCCGAGCUUAUCAACAUGUAUAUCGGUGAGAGUGAAAAGAAUAUUCGUGAUAUUUUCAACAAAGCACGUCAAGCCAAACCAUGUGUUAUCUUUUUCGAUGAGCUCGAUUCGCUCGCGCCAAGUCGUGGUAAUGGCGCCGACAGUGGUGGUGUCAUGGAUAGAGUCGUAUCACAGCUGUUGGCCGAGUUGGAUGGUAUGCAAAAAUCUUCGGAUGUUUUCAUCAUCGGUGCAACCAAUCGUCCCGAUUUACUGGAUCCUGCACUCACCAUUCCAGGCAGACUCGACCGUUUACUCUACCUCGGAAUCAGUACUGACAAAGAUUCACAGCUCAGGAUUGUCCAGGCACUGACACGAAAAUUCCAUCUACACUCGGAUGUUGAUCUUCGCGCUGUUGUCGAGCGAUGUGAAAUGAAUUUAACUGGAUCGGAUUUCUAUGCGCUUUGUUCAGAUGCUUUGGCCAACGCCAUCAAAGAUAUGAUUAAUCAACUGGAGGAGAAAAGAAAGAAAAAACAAACAUCAGCAAGCAAUACCUACGGCAAAAAUAGUAAUAUAAAUUAUGACGAUGAAGAUGAAGAUGAAAAUCAACAAGUAAUCGUUGCUCAACAACACUUUUUGGAUGCAGUCUACGCAUUGGUACCUUCAGUAAGCGAAGAUGAAAUGGCUUAUUAUCAUAAGGUACAAAAGCAAUUUACUAAACAAAAAUAA